CGCAGCCAGAGCCGCCGGAGCUAGGGCCUCCGCGGGAUCCGGAGCCGGGCGCGGGGCGGCAGCGGCGGCCGGGCCGGGCUCCGGGUCCGAGUGAGCCGUGACUUGUCCUUCCCGCCCCUGUACCCGCCGGGGCAUGAGCGCCCAGCCCCGAGGCAGCUGGGCAGACCCGGAGGCGGAGCCGGAGCCGGAGCCGGUGCCUGACCGAAGCCCAUGAAUUCCGUAUCGCCCGCCGCCGUGCAGUACCGGAGUGGGAGCCAGGACGACGUGCGCCGCCCCGAGGCCAGGAAGCAGCCGCCCGGCCUGGGGGCCCGGGGUCACGGGGCUGGAGGAGGAGGAGGAGGAGGAGGAGGAGGAGGAAGCAGCAGCGGCCACAAUGGCCUAGUGGCAGGAGCUGGAGCACCCACAGCGGCCACCCUGGGUCCUGCUGCCCCCAGCGAGCCCGACGAGGUGGACAAGCUCAAAAGCAAAUUCCUCUCUGCCUGGAACAAUGUCAGAUAUGGCUGGACGGUCCGAACCAAGACCAGCUUUAGCAAGUUGUCCACUGUGCACCUGUGUGGCCGUCGCUAUCGAUUUGAGGGGGAAGGGGACAUCCAGCGGUUCCAGAAGGACUUUGCAUCCCGUCUGUGGCUCACAUACAGGCGGGACUUCCCUCCCCUGGACGGUGGCAGCUUGACUUCCGACUGUGGCUGGGGCUGUAUGCUUCGUAGUGGACAGAUGCUGCUGGCCCAGGGCCUGCUUCUGCACUUCUUCUCCAGAGACUGGACUUGGGCAGAAGCCAUUCUGCCCCCAGCCCCGAGGGAGUCAGAGCUCUUCAGAAGCAUGUCUCCUUCCCGGGCUGGGGCCAGCUGGCAGCGGGUUCCCUCGACAGCCCCCGGCCUGGGGAGAGCCACUUGGAGCACCAGCGGGGCCUUGAGCCCCAGGCAGCUCGAGCAGGAGGAGCAGCACCGGCGAAUUGUUUCCUGGUUUGCUGAUCAGCCUGGAGCUCCCUUUGGCCUGCAUCGGCUGGUGGAGCUGGGCCGAAGUUCAGGCAAGAGGGCAGGGGACUGGUAUGGUCCUUCCGUUGUGGCUCACAUCCUCAGGAAAGCCGUGGAGAGCAGCUCUGAGGUGGCCCAGCUGGAGGUUUAUGUUUCUCAGGAUUGCACAGUCUACAAGGCAGAUGUGGCCCAGCUCGUGGCCCAGCCAGACCCCAGCACUGAAUGGAAUUCGGUCAUCAUCCUGGUGCCAGUGAGGCUGGGCGGGGAAACCCUCAACCCUGUGUACGUACCCUGUGUCAAGGAGCUCCUGCGGCUGGACCUGUGCAUUGGGAUCAUUGGUGGGAAGCCCAGGCACUCGCUCUACUUCAUCGGCUAUCAGGAUGACUUUCUGCUCUACCUCGACCCACACUACUGCCAGCCCUGCGUGGAUACCUCCCAAGAGCGCUUCCCCCUGGAGUCCUUCCACUGCACAUCCCCCCGGAAGAUGGCCUUCAGCAGGAUGGACCCCAGCUGUACCAUUGGCUUUUAUGCUGGCAACAGGAAGGAGUUUGAGAUGCUGUGCCUAGAGCUGACCCGGGUCCUCAAUUCUUCCUCUGCCACCGAGAGGUAUCCCAUGUUUACCCUGUCCGAGGGCCAUGCCCAGGAGUACGGCCUGGAGGAAAUCGGCUCCCAGCUCACACAACAAACACUCCGACUCCCGCAAGCAGGGAAGCUUAGCAAGGCCAAGAGGCCCAGCUCAGAGGACUUUGUGUUUUUAUAGUGGGGAGGAGGGGGUGCAGAAUCUGUAAUAUAUAUAUAUGUAUAUAUAU